AUGAUCACAAUGGGGAAGUUUGCAGGACGGACAGCGAUUAUCACGGGAGCUUCCCGUGGUAUUGGCAAAGAAAUUGCUCUGAAGCUAGCCAAAGAUGGUGCUAAUAUUGUUGUGGCUGCGAAAACUGCCGAGCCACAUCCAAAACUGCCAGGAACAAUUUAUUCGACUGUGAAGGAUGUCGAAAAGGCAGGUGGGAAGGGAUUGGCAUGUGUAGUUGACGUACGUGAUGAGCAAUCAGUAACAAGAGCGGUCUCAGAAGCCGUCGAAAAAUUUGGUGGACUCGAUAUUCUAAUUAAUAAUGCUAGCGCUAUAUCACUUACCGGGACAUUAGAAACAACGAUGAAAAAGUUUGAUUUGAUGCAUCAGAUUAACACACGUGGAACUUUCCUGAUGUCCCAAAAAUGCAUACCAUUUUUAAAAAAUGGCAAAAAUCCUCACAUUUUGAAUAUCAGUCCACCAUUAAAUAUGGCCAAACAGUGGUUUGCUAAUCACGUCGCCUAUACAAUGGCUAAGUAUGGCAUGUCAAUGUGUGUUCUGGGAAUGCACGAGGAAUUACGGCCUUUCAAUAUUGCUGUGAACGCGUUGUGGCCAAGAACAGCUAUUUGGACUGCUGCGAUGGAAAUGAUUUCGUCUGGAACUGUGCAAAAUAGUUGCCGUAAGCCAACAAUUAUGGCAGAUGCUGCAUAUGCAUUACUUUCUCGUGAUAGCACCUAUUAUACCGGAAAUUUUGUCACUGAUGAAGAAAUUUUACGGGAAGAAGGAAUACAGGAUUUCGAUCAGUAUUCCUUUGAUCCAGGAGCAACAUUAUUGGAAGACUUUUUUCUUCCUGAGAUUGCGGAAACAACAGACUCUAAAACAACCACUUCAAUUUUGUUCCUGGAUGUAAUGAUAAAUGAGACCAAACAACGCAUCACUCCGGAUAUGGUGCAGGAAAUUCAAGCUAUCUACCAAUUUGAUGUGAUGGAAGGUGAGAAAAUUCAUAGCAUAUAUUUCAAUCUGAAGAAUGGACAAGGUGGAGUCUAUAAAUCGUCAAAUAAUACCGAACAUGUGGAUGUACAUUUUAUAACAGAUCUGCAAACAUCGUGCAAACUAUUCAGUGGCGAAAUGUCACCAACAACAGCAGUCGCACUUGGCAAGUUCAAAAUUGAAGGGAACAAGGAAAAAGCUUUGUUAUUUUCACAACUUUUUAAACCGUCAAAUAAGAGCAAACUCUAA